AUGUGCGAGAAAGUUGAUUUGGGUCAAAAAGCGUGUUGCACUUCUGCAAAGGUGAGUUUAACAUGAGCAAUACGGCAACAGCUUUGAGAUCAAAUAUGUAAAUUUCAGAUGCUGCUUUUUGUAGUUGCUGGCGGCGAACUUCUAAUCGGAAUAGUGAUUGCUAUCCUUGCUGGUAUUGCCGGUGAACGUGGUGGAAGUGGUUGGUAUUGUGCUGCAGAUUAUAUAACAAUGGGAAUUCUUACCAUUGUUCUCUGCUUCUAUUCUGCCAAAUGGUUUGUAAUUCUCAAUUAUAUUGGUCAAAUUUGUCUUGCAAUUUGCGCUGUGACUAUCACUGUUGUUCUUGGUUUCGCUAUUGCAAGUGCAAAUUUCUUGUUAGAAACUGGAUUAACGCAUAAAAAGAAAGAAAAAGAAGAAUUAGAAACAGCUAUUAGUAAGUUCGAGACAGUAUUUUCAUUUCGAACAUGUUUAUUUAUUCAGCUAUGUGUUACUGUAUGAUGGCCUUUUCGAUUUUGGGAGCUGUUUUUUCAAUCAUGGCUGGUGUUGUCUACGCAAAAGUUCUUUGCUGCGGUGGAGGAGGCGGUGGAAGCAGCUCAUUCUCGUCUGGAACUUCAUAG